CCCUGCCUUGCCGCCUCCACGUCAUCUAUGCGCAAGAACCUCGCCCUGUUUGCGGCACGAGUCGUGGCUGUUUGGGAGCGGUCGUUUAAGCAGAGCCCCGUAAUAGUAUUAUUAUUACCACUACUACUACAGGCAUUGUGUGUGUGUGUGGCAGUGAACCUACACCCCACACCACCUCCCCUCCACGCAGCCCAGGCAAUUGCAGACAAACUCGAUGCAAAGGGAGAACGAAGCGCAAUGAUCCGGAGCGUGGCCAAUUGACGCCGCACAACAAGGAGCGCAGUGCGUGGUGACGUUAGCGUGUGCGGCAUUCGCUACAUUUACCACCCCCCCACGCUCGCCGGGCGGGCUGACUCCGCUCACAUUGGAGGCAGCUGCAAGCAGGGGCAGGCGGGCAAUUCGGCGUGGCAGGCAAUUCGGCAGUCAGCAGCGGCAGUCGCUUUCGCUCACGAGCGGCCGCAGUUAUUUCCUCAUAGGCUGCAGCUAAGGAAGCGGGCAAAGACUUGCUGUGGGUGGGGGAUACAGUGUACACAAGAGGAAGGUCUAAUUCAUACACAUUGGUUGCGGGGAGUUGGGGUGAGGGGGAGUUAACGUUGUGUUGAAUAUUUGUCGUGUGUGAAUGUGAAGGUGGUGGUGGAGAGAGAGUUGUGUUUUUUGGCACGCACCAACUCAUUGGCUGGAGGCAACGACAAUGGAGCAGCAUCAGCAGCAGCAGCAAGUCAGUAGGGAAGCUGUGGCCGAUGUAGGCAUAGAGUCUGGACAACAACAUCAUCAUCAGGAGCAGCAUCAUCAGCAGCAGGAGCAGCAUCAUCAGCAGUGGCAGCAGCAGCAGAGCGAUUGGGACUCCUUCGGUCCUGAUUCCCGUGGCAACGCGACUCUGCUUGGCCCUUUUGGGGCGAUGGCCGAAACUCUGAACGCCGGCGCCGCUGGAGCCGACAAGGCUGGGCUUGACACCAAGCCCAGAACCACGGAGUUACCACCAGCAGCAGCAGCAGCUACUGGCUAUAUGGAGAUGGGGCAAAUGAGUGACUUCGAGAUCUUGGCGCAUGAGAAAGGCGACGAGUCCGACGUUAGCCCGGCGGGUGUGCGGGUGGAGCUGGAGAUGCCCAAAAACUGGACGUGCGACUUUGAGGCCCAGAAGGAGGCUUUCUACCAGGACACCUCGCCGUCCAUCUUUCAGGCCGUGUCGACCGGGCACGGCGAACGUUUUGCCACGGCAGGCCUGAGCGAGGUGGAUCUGAACAAGGCCGCGGGCAGCCCCCGCAGCGAUGAGGAGCCGCAGAUCGAAUCCUGCGACAGCAGCCCCGCGGACGACAUCGUGACGGUGUUCCCCACGCCGCCCUCCCUCUUCACGGAGAGCUCCAUCGCUUCUUUUCAGGGUCGGGGCAGCCCCGAAGCAGUGGGGUCUCUGUCCGGCAAGACCAGCCCGUCGGAAGACAAGACGCCUAAAAAAGCGACGUCUCCCGACAAGCCAAUGGAAAAGCUCAUCUCUCUCGCCGAGGAAAAAUAUCUGGAUACCACUGUUCCGCAAAAGAGGGAGAGCGACGGCCCAAGCGACGGGGAGGUUUUGACGAAGAACCCAAGAAAGGACGAGCGAGCGGAGCCACUGAAGCCACGUGACGCGCACGUGGGCGAGAAACAACCGGUGGUGUACCACCCAGGAUACUCCGAGGCGGAAACCAUCUCCAUCUCGCAGGAGAGCAGCCCGCUGGAGGAGAUCAGCCCCAUUUCGGAAGAAUUCACGGACAAACUGAUCGUCGCCAGCGACGAGGUGCAGAUGCGACAGCCUUCGACAGAAAUGGAGUACUCGAUUUCACUGUCCCAGGAGAGCAGUCCCGGAGAAGACUCGAGUCCCGUGACAGGCAACUUGGCCCACGUGUUCCCCAAACCGAGCGCCGCUGCCACCACCGUGCAGCAGCAGCAGCUGGCCGGGAUUGAUUCCUCCGAGGAGAAGCAAGUCCCAAUUGCCAAGAAGGACAACUCCCUGACGUCGUCGUACGUGAGCAGCUCCACCGAGGAGUCCAGCCCUGGUGAGGAAGGAGUACGCGUCGUGGGUGGCGGGAGCAAGCCCGGCGAGAAGGAAGACUUCGUGGAGGAAGUGGCGCCGCAGUCCCACGAGGAGGAGAGAUCGCCCCGCAAGACCGACUCGCACGCCGGGGGGGACGGAAAGGAUCCGGGUUUCGGCGUGGAGUCCCUGGGGGCGUCGUGGGGCAGCGGAGACGAUUGGCCCGCGAGCGAGGGUGUGCGGGCAGCCGAGCCGGUGGCCUCCUCCAAAGGAGACCUGGGCGGGUGUGUGGCUGGCGGCAACGAGGCCGUGGAGCCGCACCUUGGGGGAAAAUGUCCCGGAGUGCCGCCCACUCGGGGGGGAGCCGCGGGCGGCGGGCACGCAGAGGGGCCACGCGAGGAGCAGACCGCUGAGGAUGCGCACGCAGGCGCGGCCGCUACGGCAUGCUGGCCUGCCGGCUCGCGCGAUGCUUUUCACGCCGUGCUUGCGGCGCCUCCUUUGCUGGAGGAUGCCACCGCUGGGCCAGGAGUGAGGGCCGUAGCGCGCGUGCAAAGUGACGACGAUGAGCCCGUUGAGCCAGAGAAAGGUAAAGGGGAAGCGUUCGACGGUCACCACGCAGAGGAGAAGUUUGCCCCUCCGAAAGCAGACUCCGUCACUGAAAAGGCGCCUGCAGGUAAGAGCGUUGCCGAGGAGGAGGAGGAGGAGGAGGAGGAGGAGGAACGCGAGCACUUGGAAGCUGCCACAAAGGCUGCCAUUUGCGCCGCGCAGCAGUCGGCGGCGCGGGAACGCGACUUCGGCUCGGAGCGAGUGUCUGAGGCCACCGGUGUGGACACCGCCGAUUCAGAUGAGAGGAACGUCGACACCGAAGAGGAAGAGGAGGAGGAGGAGGAGGGAAAAGAGCUCUGGGCAGCGGCUACCGAGCGGGCGGAGACGAGGAGAGCGGUGGAGGGAAGCAUGCAGGAGCUGAGCCGGGCCCUGGAGAAGAUGAAGGGUGACUCUCGCCUGGCCAUUGAGGAGGUCCUGCAGCGGGAGGAGGGGGAGGGGGGCGCCGCAGUGGCUGCCGACACGCGCAAAGCGAAUGAGGCCGUCUGCGCGGAGGCCGCGGUGCCUGGGGGCGCCGGACGCCUGCCGGCGGAAGACGCCGGGAACGAUUUCCCGCUCCCGGGCAACGCGGCGCGGGCGGUGGGCUCGGUAGCCGUGGAGGCCUCGAGCGUGCAGGUCCCGUUCACCGACAUAAUCGCCGCCGCUACGGAGGAGGGUUUGACGGAGACACCGGCGUCGGGGCGGACCGUGCGGAGCGUUUGCCCGGUCGCCCCGACCGAGAGCCACGUGGAGGACAAAUCCGCGGUGGGGAAGCCGGUGACUCGGCAAGAGGAGACUGCUUUUGAGAAGACGCGGGAGGUGAAUUUAGGGGGCUCUGACAUUGAAAACAUGGACCGAGCGGGCGGUGAACUGAAACGGCGGCGCGAACAGCAGGAGGAGACUUCGGUGGCCGUGAAGGACGACGCCUCGAGCUCCCUCACGGAGGCCACGGCGCAGAACCUGGAGAACUGUGCUCGUGCGGCGGCGGCGGCGAUCAUCGUCGGCCACGAGGUGGGGCGAGGAGGAGGCCCCCUCGAGUGUGAGGCGCCCACGAGUGACGCACGUGCCAAGGGGGAUACCACCGGCACGGGGGACCGCGUCGCCACGGAAACCGAUCCGGCGGGCGACUCGUCCGCGGAGUCCGAAGACCGAGCCGCAGCGCGGGAUUCGCAUCCCCAGCAGCAGCGGCGGCAGGACCAGCAAGUACCGGCAGGCGGUGAGACGCACGGGGAUCGUUCUGACGAGGCCCCGCAGCCAGACGCCCUCCGCGCCGCCGAAGAGACGGCGCAAGAAGCCCCGACGGGCGAGGCGACGACGGCCCGCGAAGAGUUCGAAGCAACGGCGGUUGUUUCUCAAGCGCCGCGCGAGCACCAGAGCUCUCUGGCAAGCGCUCGCGUUGCCAAAGGGCAGGGGACAGCGAACGAUUUCAUGGACUUUGAAGUGGGAAGCGCGAAGCAGCCUCAGCAGCAGCCUCAGCAGCAGCCUCAGCAGCAGCCUCAGCAGCAGCCUCAGCAGCAGCCUCAGCAGCAGCCUCAGCAGCAGCCUCAGCAGCAGCCUCAGCAGCAGCCUCAGCAGCAGCCUCAGCAGCAGGAGCCUGCCGUGGCCGUAAGCGUCGCCAAAUUCGACACGCCGCCCUCUGCCGUCCGCGUCAUUGACAGCGAGGAGGAGGAGGACGAUGACGAUGAUGAGUACGAGAACGAGUUCUACUCGGAGGAAACCGUGGCGUCUGCGGCUGCCCCCUGGGUCCAGAAGAGCCUUAUCACGGUGGAGGAGGAGGAGGAGCUCUCCAAACCGGGCAAGGUCACCGUGAUCCCCGAACCCCUCGGUGGAGCCGCAGGGCCUCCCCCGCAGGCCGCCGCCGUCGAACCAAAGGGCCCGGUCGGGGCUCCGGCGGCAGCAACGGCGAGACCUGCCCCCGCCGACGACAAGGAGGAGGAGCCCAAGGGCUUCCGUCCGUCGCAGCCGCCCCCCUCCUGGCCGGGGUUCGGGCCCCCCACAGUGAUCAUCGAGGAGGCCGCAGAGGAAGGCGGCGCGGAGCGAGAGGAGCCCGCCCCCGAGGUGAGGCCCCGCGGGAAGCCAAGCGAGGCGGCGGCGGCGGCGGCGGCGGCGGCGGCGGAGGAGGAGAAACAGCCGGAGGUGGAGAAGAAGCUGCCAGCCAAGGCAGAGGAUGGAAAGUCACGGCAGUCCUUGCUGGAGAAGAUCCACUUGCCAGCAGUCUCGGAGCUGGUGUACUGGCGGGACCCGCGGUGGAGCGGCGGGGUGCUGGGGGCGCUGCUGUUGCUGCUGCUGUCCAUCGCGCACCUCAGCGUGUUCACCAUCGUCGGCUACCUGGGCCUGCUGAUGCUCACCUGCACCAUCACGUGGCGGGUGUGCCGCGGCGUGCUGUGCGCCGUGCAGAAGCGCGAGGACGGACAUCCCUUCCGGACGUACCUGGCGGAGGACGUGGAUGUGACGCGGGAGCGCAUGAGCCGCCAGGUGGAGGUGGCUCGUGUCUGGACCACGGGCGCCGCCACGGAGCUGCGGCGCCUCCUGCUCGUGCAGGACCUCGUUGACUCACUCAAGUUUGCCGGCGUCCUCUGGCUCAUGACGUACGUGGGAUCUGUGUUCAACGGCCUCUCUCUCCUCAUCCUGGGUGUGGUGCUCCUGUUCAGUGUCCCCAUCGCCUACGAGAAGAAAAAGACCGAGGUCGACCAUUACCUGGCGCUGGUUCAAGCGAAAGUGGACGAUGCAACGGCACGAGUGAAGAGCAUGAUUCCUGCCGCCCUUCGUCCAAACGAAGCAAACUCCUCGGCCAAGUGAAAGCGCAAGCUCGACCGCGCUCGACCAUCGCCAACCCCCCCCCCCCCCCAACUGAACAAAAGCUGACGAUAGCCUAACACUUCCGUUGUUACUCCGUAUGUUUGACUUAAAAAUUAAGUAGGAUACCAAUUUGCGUGUGACAUAACAAAGUGCAUGAAACUACCAAUACUUUAGAGUUUUUAUUUAAAUCGAGUUUUCUUUUGUGUUUUGUUUAUUCGUCCUCUUAAAUCCUUGAGGUACCGUGACGAAUUGUAAAUCGCAUUUGCGUUGUCAAUGUUGCCACGACGGUCGCGUAGCGCCGCGCAAUGCCGUCAUCAAAUGUAAUCCAGAGAGCUGCCGUGGAACACGGCCGUCAGCCUCGAGUAGUCCGCGUCAAACGCAUUCUCGUUUUAGAUUACUUAAGAAAGCAGACAUCGGUAGUAAGCUGAAUUGGUGAACCCCGAGAUCCAUGACCGCACUCGAUCACUCGGUCACAGUCCGUCGCAACGUGCAGCUCUUAAUCGGCGGUGGCGGCGGUGACGACGGCAGCAUCCGCGCCAGGCGUGCAGGACGAGUCUCUGUGUCCGCUGCCGUAAGGCCAUGGGGCUUGGAGAGCGGCUCUGCCGGGGGGUGGGCAUGCCCGGGCCCCCACGGCCCCCACGGCCCCCACGGCCCCCACGGCCCCCACAGCUUCCACGGCCUGGACGUCUUGGCGAAACCUUUUAGCACCGUUUUUUUGUUUUCCGAGUCUUGAGCAACACCUGAAGAAAUUUGGCCAAAUUUCUCCUGGGUGAGUCCACAAUAGCAACCCAACUUUAUAAGUCAAAUUUCGUUUGGAUUGAAUCCCCUUCACGAGCACACCCUACCCCCCGAUACCCUACCCCCCCCCCCCCCCCCCCAUUGAUGACGGACGGACAUCAACACUUUCCACGUGAUUUUCAAAGCGUUCGGAAUAUAUUAAUUUAUUAACAAAUUUCUGCAAGUCAAACAGCAUGCAGUGGUGGCCGUUGAACAAUUUGUUUGCUGAAAUGUUUUCUCUCUGUGGCCGCAUGGGCCCUUGCAACUGUGAUUCCUGUUUCUGCAAAACAACGUGCACUCACUCUCCGAUUUGCCGUCUCCUUCGCACCAAAGGGAGGCACGGGCCACUUUCGUAUAACCACGUUCAGGUCACCUAACUAACAACAUAAGCUAUGUGUACAACCAAUUUAAAAUAUACCAAAAUAGCUCGAAUUCAGUAUUCUCUUCCUUGUUUUAAAACAAAUGUAUACAUUUUGGCAAAUGGAUGUUGGAGGUUAGAGUCAAAAUGUCAAACGGGUCUUCCCGCUUCCAGCCCUGAGCUGGUGGUGAAAUUCCCACACUCCCUUGGACAAGGGCCGCUGUAUUUAUAGACAACUACCGUUGACCUCCCAUAAAGUGGCCCUCGUUUUUAUUGACCGUGGAGGAACGCUUGGCCGAGGCCACGAUUUUGAACUCGCAGCCUUUCCGAUUGUAAGUCGAGCACGGGGGGGCCCCUGGCUGGAUACGCCGGAGGUAAUGACCCCCUGGGAUACUGGUCCUGAGCGUUGCUCUCUUACCGGCAGUGUUCAGUCUCACCGUGUUUGGGCCCUCAAGCCACCUUGAGUCUGAUGUAUCACUGUUCAUCACGCGAACCCGCCAGUCAGCCCACCACGGUGCCAGCCCACCAGCCAGUCAUUCGGCCAGCUUGCCAGGCAGCCAGUCAGCCAGCCAGCCAGCCAACCAGCUCGCCAGCUCUCCAGCAAGCCGAUGAGAGGAGCGUGAGCUGCAGCACAAUGCGCCGUGAACGUGACCCCACUGCAAUCCUAUUUUUGUCUUUGCAUGCGGCACACCACCCACAUCACCCAGGCAAGCCUCUAUAUUGAAUUAUAAGCACAGGUUGGUAAGAAAACUAGCACAUCGAGUAGAUUUAUGACUCAUCUCCUGGUUAAAAAAACACAUUUUCCCUGCAUAUGUGUGGGGCUAUUCCCCCCACCUCAAGCUUCCUAGCAAAACAAUCCUCCUGGGAAAGGAAGAUAUGCCGCACGUUAAAAACACAAGAGCCCAUUGUCCUUUCGUCUCUUUAAUCAUUCCUCGCUACAGUUUUGCCUCUUUUUUUUUUCACCAAUUUGCUAAAGAGCUAGCGUAGCGAGUGAUCAGCUGAUCGCGUUCGGUCAAGCGCAGCAGACGUUCGACCCGCGGGGCGACGACGCCGCGUUGGCACCACCGAGGUCGUGGCUCUGUCCGCGGCCUUGCGGCGUCCGUCACGGUUCUCACGCAGCGCGUUGGGGUGGUCACCCCGCCUGGUCAGCCAUCCGCUCCCCGUACAGCCUAAACAGACUGUUGGGGCAGGUGCUGUUAGUGAGCACCUAAUGAAGGCCGGCACGGUACGCGACGGGGUGGAUGGCCAGCGCCACCGUCCUUUCCCCCGUGGCUGGGAGAGGGUUGUAAGGCUGCGCAAGUUUGGCCCUUGAAGGUCGUCGCGUGGACGGCCGAGGUUAUUUGCUUCGGGCAAUUCGGUGUGGCAGGCGAAGGAGCGGCGUCAUUGGGCGGGGGGUGGGGUCGCAGGUUCAAUGCAUCAUUGCUCUAAAGGCCGGGUCGCAAAAGCACAAUCGGUUUACAAAUGACAAGUUGACCAUGACAAAAAAAAUCAGUUUAAACAAGACAAAGUCUGACGCUAAACACGGAUUACGCUGGAGCUUAACUAGACGCGGGAAACGUUGAAUCGUAUUUAAUUCUGCGAUGAGCGUAACAUUCACGCCGAUGUUGACGCGAGGCGUAGUCGUAGUUUUGUGUAGCAUUGGCAAUGGUGGACGUAGUGGGGGGGGGGGGGGGUAGCGGUUUGCACUUCAUGGCGUUCGCUUUGAGAGCGGGUGGCACAGCAGCUCAGUGUUGCUCCCUCUGGCACCGCGUGUCCCCCCCCCACCUCUCUCCCCCCCGCUGCUCAACGCGCGCCUUCAAGCCUCGGACUCGCCACGCGAGGCUUCAGUUCCUGCAGUUGCUUGAACAUUUAAUGUGUCGCGUCGUCCCCAGCGCACUCCGAGCGGAGGUGCGUAAUUACGAAGAGCGAGUCCGAGGGAUUUUGCAAAGUUGCCCGAGGGGUUUUUCCAAAGUUGCCCCAGGAUGGCCGGCGGUUGCCAGGUGAGAGAGAGAGAGAGAUGAGCCGAGUGAAGAGAGCGAGAGUCGGAGGGUCUCCGUGGUCUGGCCCUUCCUUGCCUUCGCAGCGAUUGGACCCCGACGGUCGACGCCGCCAAGCGCUUUAUCGAACCGUGGAUUCGCAUGCCGACGCUCGAUAUGGCAGACGUGUUUCAUCAUGUGAAGCGCGUUCACGUUUUUUCGGCAGAAUGUUUAUGCAUCGGCGCAGUGAUUUUAAUUUUUCUUUUUCGGGAGAGAGGUUUUCACGUUUAACUACUAAACAAAAAAAACCACAACAAACCAUUUCGUUGAUGUAUCAGGAUUAACGAGGGCCUUGUCCACCGUGAUCUAUCGGUCUCUCCGGCGCUUUUGUGUCCGUCGUGGAGGGGGGGGGGUAGUUUGAGUUUUUGUUGCGUCCGGAUGGGUGGUGGGGGUACUGCGCGGUUUGUGUGCGCGAGAGUGGUUUGAAUGAUUGCGGCUGGACAACCCCCUUGCGCUUUGCCUCCGUUGCACACGCUGACGUAGCAGCGGCUGGUUUACCGGAGCCGGCGGGGGGUGGUGUCGGCAGUGUGGGUUUGUGUAUCCCCGGGGCUGUUUUCAUUUGAAGGAAAUCCCUCUUGUGGGGAAUCCGUUGUCGAGAUGCCCCAGGCGUUUUGGGAAGGUCUGUUGGGCUCGCGACACCCGCAUUGUGUCCAGCGUGAGCACGUGGCUGGCUAGGUGUGGCGAACGGCAGGUACCGGUCGACUUGACAGUACCGUGAAAACUUGACGAAGCGCGCCUUUGGUUGGGAUUUGGACAACGUUGAAGACCCAUCGCAGAAACGAACCGCUGACAAAUAUUCAGUUUUCACACAAAGUAAAAAUCAACGUAAAUAAAACCGUUGGAAAAAGUGACAUCCAUUGGCUCGAUAUGGAAUGUCAUUACUCCCAAGUCUCCUUUGGGAAACAGAAGUCGCCGGAUCUGUUUCACUCUCCCGACUAACCAAACGUAAUUGCAAUGAAUGAUAUAGUCUUGUGUAUAUGUGCGUGUCAAAUUAUGAGUGUCUGUGUGUGUCAUCAUAAGGCUGUAAGGGCAUGUUGAGUGGCACCGAUCUGCUCGUUCGUGCAUUGUGCUCCUCCCACGCUUGAUGGAAUGCUGUCGCUCGUGAAUGGCUGUCGAAGCUACGGUACGGUAAUAUUGAUUUCACACACAGCUGCUUUAGUGAUCGUGCGACGUUUGUUGUUGACAACAUUGCUGCUGAUGCACCUUCUAUAGCAAAGUCGAAUGUCAGCUUGUGCUAGCCUUAUAUUAAUGGUAACAAAUAAAGUAACCGCGUGUUUACAA